UCCGUGAAGGCCUUUGAUUUCGAGGGAAGGGGGGUCCUGGCUGUCCGGGAAGGUUUCUGUUUGCCCUGGGGCUUGGAUGCCACCCCGGAGAGUGAAGUCAUCCUGACUGACUCAGAGGCAGGUGCUCUCUACCGCUUGACUGCUGACUUCAGGCAGGGGAAAUUAAAGAAGUGUCAGAUGAUCCAAUCUCAGCUGAUCAGCCCAAGAGGAGUUGCAGUCUCCCAGACCUCGGGUGCCAUUGUGGUAAUAGAGCACCUGAAAGCUCAAGGACCGAACAGUGGCAGCACUCGCAUGAAGAUAUUCAGUGCCGAGAUGGAUCUCAUCGGCCAGAUGGAUAGCUUCGGUCUGAACCUCAUUUUCCCCUCUAAAAUAUAUACUACAGCUGUGGCCUUUGACAAAGAGGAUCGUGUUAUAGUAACAGAUGUCUGUGGCCAGGCCGUAAUAUGCUUAGGGAAACCUGAGGAGUUUCCCAUCUUUAACCCUCUAAUUAGCCACGGGCUUUCUUAUCCUGUGGGACUGACUUACAUGGCAAACAAUUCCCUUGUCGUUUUAGACAGUGGUGAUCAUUCAAUAAAAAUAUAUAGCUCCACGUGA